GCGUCGCGGUCACCUCAGGGGCUGGCGGUACCGCCAUGGCGGCGGUGCGGGACGUAGAGAUCGACCCCGAGGGCACGUUCAAGUACAUCUUGGUGCGCCUGCAGCGCCCGGGCGGCGAGGAGCGGCGGGACAUCGUCCGCGGCACCAAGGCGGCCGAGUUCCACAAUCAUAUAUUUGAAAAAGUAAAUCCUGAGAUGGAAAAGCUGGGAUAUGAGUGCAAGUGCCUUGGAGGAGGGAAAAUUGAUCAUAAUAGCAAAGACAAGAAAAUUAGGGUAUUCGGGCUUUCUACAGGCUAUGGAAAAGCAGAUCAUUCGGUGACUGUAGAGUUACUGAAAAAAGUGUAUACAGAUUAUGAAAUUACAUGGUCAGAUGACAAGAAAUAAAUGGCUACCUAUGAACACAACAAGUAUUUCAAAACUGGUAACUCUGUGUGCAGUUACUGUGAGAUUGUGGCUCUAGCAGUCUUCACUUGAAAGUCCUAAAAACCCCGAUUCUGUAUCUGCAUGAAAACAGAGCUAUCUUUGAGCAAUCCAAGAAUAAAAUGAGUAUGGUAAGCAAAGGAGUAGUAUAUUAACCGAAGACAGCAAGUUUGAUUGUGGAAUACUUUCAAGAGGAAGCAUUAUGGUAGAAGAUUGUAAGUGCCGCCUUUAUUUGCCAAAAAGUACAUGAGAUUG